AUUUGUUUAUUAACUAUUGUACCACUCGGUUGAAAAAUCGCUAAGCCUACUUUGGAUUCGGCUUUCGAGCGAUAAUAUAGUCCGGAGAAUAGUAGUUUAGAUCGUGUGAAGCGGUUUAGAAAUCCAAUUUAGGUGCCAUGGCCUUUUUCAAAUCGAUGUGGAAACCAAACUCGAAGCACGAAAAGCUUUCUGAAGAAUUAUUUUCCAAGAUUACCAAAGAACCCAAACAAGAAAACGUACCUGAAAAUGAUGCCAAUACAUUUAAAUUAAAAUAUAUAGGUUGUACAAUAGUCGAAAAAGUAACAGGAGAAAACGUCAGUUCGGAAGCUGUUAAAACUAUCAUUAAAAACGCGAAGAAACUUAAAGGAAAAACAUUAGCAAACGUUACUUUACAUAUAUCCGAAAAAGGGGUAAUUGUAACAGACGCAGACGGAAACGAUGUCCUCAAAAUAUCUAUUUAUAGCAUAUCCAACUGUUCCACUGAUGCAUCGCACCGACAACUAUUUUCGUUUAUAUCCUCAGACACAAACCAAGUGAACACCUGUCACGCCUUUCUUUGUCCCAAGCGAAAAGUGGCUCAAAGUGUGACGUUAGCAGUUGCCAGUGCCUUCAGCGCAGCUUACCUUGAUUGGAGCCAACAUACUCUAGCUAGCGAGGGAAUGAAAAAUACCGUUCAAUCAAAAGAAAACGAAAAAAACAAUCUAAAUCAAAUCAAUAAGUCUGAAGUUAUAAAAGAAGAAAAGCUUAUCGAUUUUGAUAGUGAGCCUACGACGGAGGUUGAUCUGUUUACUCUUGAAAGUCAAUUGCUUUUCAACAAAAAUGACUGGGUUUCGUUUGAUGAUGACGGUUUCGCAGACCCUAGCAAGCUCAAAUUUUUCCAGUGAUGAUCUCGCCGAAGAGAAUAUGUUCCAUAUACUUUAUAUUAAGCUUAAAUAAUUAAGAAUUAGUCAAUAAACAUGUAGGUAUAUUUAUUUUACUGUUUAGUAAUCAGUGAUAAACUUAUUUGUAGUCAUUUUUUAUUUUACGU